UUGUUCAUACUAGCUACUAGGCCUACUACUAAUCAGAUUUAAAAUUGGAAAAAGAAGAAUUCGACUUUGAAUCUCUUACAAGGUAUCUAAACAUGUAGGUAGCUAAUAAGAUUAUACAACCGUUUAUCCUUCCUUUCGUUUUUCGUUUUCGGACAUCGAGUGCAGAAAAAUAAUACCUAUGUACUUAGCACUUACUUAGAAUAAUUAUAAAACAAUUUUUUCAAGUUUUGUGAUGUUGCGUGCGCAUGAAUGCUUAAUAAUUGUAAAUUGUGUGGUGGUAAUUUUCACAAAUAUCGCGAGUGGAGUGAUAUUGACGACUAAGCAAGGAAUUUUAAAAGGUGCUGUCGAAAAAAGCAGAGGAGGUCGAUCGUUUUAUUCUUUUUACAACAUCCCUUAUGCAGAACCACCGAUAGGAAAGCUUCGAUUUCAGAAUCCGAUUCCGGCCAAACCGUGGAAAGGUACAAGAGAUGCAACGAUAUUACCACCAAUAUGUUUGAAUCACGAAUAUAGCAAAUUGCAUGGCCAAGAAGAUUGCCUCUAUUUGAACGUAUACACCUCAAAAAUUACAAAUGGAACAUUAUUACCAGUAAUGCUUUUUAUUUAUGGAGGUCGUUUCAUGUACGGUAAUGCUUUGCCUGAUAGAUAUGGACCCCAUUAUUUCAUGGACAGAGACGUCGUAUUGAUUACUUUUCAUUACAGAUUAGGAAUUCUAGGCUACCUGAGCACCGAAGACGAAGUCAUACCUGGAAAUUACGGAUUUAAAGAUGUGAUUAUGGCUUUAAAAUGGAUACAAAACUACAUCUAUGAUUUUGGCGGCGAUAAUAAUAGAGUAACGUUAUUUGGAGGCAGUUCCGGCGGUGAAAGUGCCACAUUAACUCUAAUUUCACCACUAGCUGAAGGGCUUUUCCACCGUCUCAUCACCCAAAGUGUUCCUUUCACACUAAUUGAGAGACCUGGUAAAGCUAAAUUGAACGCGUGGAAAGUUGGAUCAAUGGUUGGAUGUGACGGAGACGAAGUAAACAAUUCUGAACAACUUUUGAACUGUUUGAGAAAUCUUCCUGCCGAAGACUUGGCAUUGAAAAACGAAAACUUUUACACUCAUGGAGGGCUAUUGCCAAUUGUACCUUGGGGUCCGGUAAUAGAAAAUGAAAAAGUUGCCGGAGCUUUUCUAGUCGACGAACCUAGAAAACUACUAGCACGUAGGUCGAGUAUACCUUGGAUUUCUGGCAUGAAUUCAAACGAUGGUGGAAUGUCUGCGCUGUUCGUAUAUUUUGGUUUUGAAUCUGAUGCGGAAUCUGUCCUUCACGAGCUGGAUACAAAUUACAAAGAAAUUUUUCCAAAAUUAUUCGAGUAUGAGCAUCGAUUUGAGGAUAUCAAACAACUGGAUUUCGCGACAGAAGCGUACAAAAAGUAUUAUUUCGGGGAGAAAAACAUCAGUCAAGACAUUCAUGGAUUUGCUAAGAUGUGCACGUCAAUCUUCCUAAUAGGACUCAGAGAAGCUGUAAAAUUAUACAGCGGUUCGAAAUACAUUUAUUAUUACGAUCACAGAAAUCGGGAAAAUUUCGCUCGCUGGUAUUCAGAUGCUGAUAUCGAAAUGGGAGUCCUUCACGGAGACGAACUAAUCAGCAUGUUUAACUGGUCCUCAGCAGUAACGCCGGUAACCGAAGGAGUAGACUUGGUGGUUUCCGAAAAAAUGCUCGAUUUGUGGACUAACUUUGCAGCAAAUGGAGAUCCAAAUAAUCCUGACGAAAUUAUCUGGAAUCCAGUCGAAUCUUCGGACAUAAACUAUUUGCACAUAAAGGACGGUGCCUUUGAAAUGAAAAAAGAACUAUUGAAGGAAGAAGCUGAAUUUCUUGAAAGUUUUUUCGUUGCUGGCACUGGCAGCUAAUCUAGUCUUUAAAUUUAAAAUGAGGUACAGAGCCUACAAUUCAACAAAAAAUCUUACAAAUUCGUGUUUUUCUCACCUAAAUACGAUAUGAAUUUAGUUUCAUUUUAUAUUUUUUGUGUGUGAUGUGACGUGUGUAUGUUGUUUUUAGUCCAUAAGAAGAAAUUCUGUGAUUUCAUAAUGCGUUGAUGUAAUUUCCUAACGCAUACGUUUGCAUCUUGAUGAA